AUGCAGCUUAUCGUUCUUGGCGCUGUGGUGGAAGGUUACACAUCAGCGACUGCAUCUCACAUCAACGUCUUCAAAGGGACCGCUGUAAACGGACACAUCAGCUCUCAAAACCUUCCUGUCACAGUGCGUUCUCGGAUCUCUGCCUUUUUUCUGCUCCUGGGUUCCAGCCUGGGUUUUGUAACCUCCGAAUUCGAGAGGGCCAUCCUCAAAGAUGAUGAAUAUCAAACUCUGCAAGAUCCCUUCCCAUACGAAUUCCCCGACCAGCGAAUGGCUGACAGUUCACACCUCUUCCCAAUGCCUCCUUGUCAAGGUAUCGAUAUUGAUGAAGCAACCAUUGACACACUUCAGCAACAUCUCACACAAGGAGCCUUAUCGUCGCAACAGCUUGCCGUUUGCUACCUGCAAAGAAUCUGGCAAACUAAUGAUUACAUCGAAAGCGUGCUGGAGAUCAACCCGGAUUUCUUGAAAAUCGCCGAACAACUGGAUUCUGAGCGUCGUGCGGGUCAUGUUCGAGGGCCACUUCAUGGUAUUCCUUUCGUGAUCAAAGACAACAUCGCCUCCAGAGACAAAAUGGAGACAACAGCAGGCAGCUGGGCCUUUUUGGGAUCCCUCGUACCACGAGACGCUCACGUCGUGGCAAAACUUCGACACGCCGGCGCUCUACUGCUCGGCAAAGCAUCACUCAGCGAAUGGGCUGACAUGCGAAGCAACAGCUACUCUGAAGGUUACUCAGCUAGGGGCGGUCAGUCCCGGUCUGCAUACAAUCUUACACAAAAUCCAGGCGGCUCGUCUUCUGGCUCCGCAAUUGCCGUUGCCGCCAAUGUGGUCCCUUUCGCACUUGGAACGGAGACAGAUGGCAGUGUGAUCAAUCCUGCAGAGCGAAACGGCAUUGUCGGUAUCAAGCCUACUGUCGGACUUACUUCUCGAAGUGGCGUUGUUCCGGAGAGUCUCAAUCAGGACACUGUUGGUACGUUUGGAAAGACAGUUCGAGACGCUACGUAUGCUCUGGAUGCAAUCUACGGGCCAGACUUGAGAGACAAUUACACUUUAGCUCAGAUUGACAACACACCCGUUGGAGGUUACGCACAAUUUCUCACAAACAGCAAUGCCUUGAAAGGACGACAUUUCGGUUUUCCUUGGAACUCUUUCUGGGUACAUGCCGACGAAGAGCAGCAGACGGUGCUUCUGGCGAUUAUCGGCCGCAUGCAAGAUGCAGGAGCGAUCAUUGUCAACAACACYGAGCUUUUGGACUACAAAACCAUUGUCUCGCCUGAUGGCUGGGACUGGGAUUAUGGCACCAAGCGAGGUUACCCCAACAAAUCUGAAUACACAUAUAUCGCCGUCGACUUUUACAACAACAUCAAAUCAUACCUCYCCGAGUUGAACAAUACCAACAUGAGAUCUCUCGAAGACAUCGUUGCCUACAAUUAUGCAAACGAUGGUAGCGAGGGAGGCUACCCCUCCCCGCGUGGCCACCAUCCAGCGUUCAAGUCCGGCCAGGAUGGGUUUCUCGCCAGCUUGGCAACCCAGGGAAAUAUGAAUGAGACGUACUGGCAAGCCUUGGACUUCUGUCGUCGAAGCACCCGCGAACGUGGAAUCGAUGCAGCUCUUUCGAUGGGCAUCAACGGCACGAAAUUGGAUGCCUUGAUUGUUCCGCCAGAUGUAGGCCAGACUUACCAAAUCGCAGCCCAGGCUGGGUAUCCCAUGAUCACAAUUCCAGCCGGAGUGCACAGUUCCACUGGAAUGCCCUUCGGAAUCGCUUUGAUGCAGAGCGCGUGGCGAGAAGACAUACUGGUCGGGAUGGCUUCUGCGAUUGAGGACCUUCAGCAUCGUUCGAAUCAGUUUCGAGAUUUGCCAAAGUGGUUUGGUUAUAUGGAGAAGAAUGUACCCGUGAAUUGA